CAGGUCCUGGCUGUAGAGAGAGGCGACCCUGAGCCCCUCAGCUCCAGACCAUGAGCUGGUUCUGCCGCUGGGAAUGCCGGGGCUGAGUGCUCCAACCCCUGGGGAAGGAAGAUGCUCCAGACCAGCAACUACAGCCUGGUGCUGUUCCUGCAGUUCCUCCUGCUUUUCUACGACCUCUUCGUCAACUCCUUCUCGGAGCUGCUCCGCACAGUCCCUGCUGUCCAGCUCGUCCUCUUCAUCAUCCAGGACAUUGCUAUUCUUUUCAACGUCAUCAUCGUCUUCCUCAUGUUCUUCAACACCUUCGUCUUCCAGGCUGGGCUGGUCAACCUCCUCUUCCACAAGUUCAAGGGGACCAUCCUGCUGUCCGCGGUCUACCUGGCGCUCAGCAUCUCCUUCCACGUCUGGGUUAUGAACCUGCGGUGGCGGGACUCCAGCCGCUUCGUGUGGACCGAAGGCCUGCCGACCCUUUUUG